AAAAAAAAUUAGCAACUGCUGUAAAGGUCAAUGAAGGAGUUGGCUGGAAAAUAAUCUGCAGAUUUUAGACAUGCGCAGUUAUGGGAUGCCAUAUUGGAAGAAGGUUUCGGCUGGGCAGCUGAAAAAGACGCCGCUCCCCGUCUUCAGCCGAGCUCUAAACGGGGUCGUGGAUUAAAACGGCGGAAAAACUUCAUUACGGUGAGAGGAUAGGAGGCCAUGCUCUGAAGCACGGACAGACGGCGGAGAGUGGGCAGGAUGUCAUCCUUUGUGGCGGAUGUCCAGGAAUCGGCGCCGCUGGUAUUGCCGGGGAAGUCGCAGAGCCCGGCCAAUGGGAAGGGAGAACAGCUCCACUCAGAUGGAGACUCCACAGAGGAGGUGGACUUCAGCUGGGAGGAGUUCCUGGAGGAGAACGGGGCAGUGGCCGCCCCCCACACUGCCUUCAAACAUGUGGAGAUCAGCCUGCAGAGCAGUUUCCAGCCCGGGAUGAAGCUAGAGGUGGCCAAUAAGGGCAAUCCGGACACUUACUGGGUGGCGACCAUCAUCACCACGUGUGGACAGCUGCUGCUGCUACGUUUCUGCGGCUACGGUGACGAGCGCAAGGCCGAUUUCUGGUGCGACGUCAUGACGGCUGACCUGCACCCUGUGGGCUGGUGCACCCAGAACAACAAGGUGCUGAUGCCCCCGGAAGCCAUAAAGGAACGCUGCAGCGACUGGACAGAGUUUCUGAUCCAGGAGUUGACCGGUGCUAGGACCGCGCCCGCCAACCUGCUGGAAGGGCCCAUGCGUGGGAAGAACACGGUGGACCUGAUCACAGCAGGCUCCGUGGUGGAGCUCCAGGACAUGCGAGAGCCCUUCCUGUACUGGACGGCGCGGGUGCUGGAGAACACAGGCGGCCGGCUACAUCUGCGCCACGUGGGCUUGGAGGAUGAAGCCCACGACACCUGGCUCUUCUACCUGGAUGUGCGGCUCCGGCCCAUGGGUUGGUGCCAUGAGAAUCACUACACCAUGGAGCCUCCUGCUGAGCUGCGGAGUCUGAAGAGCACCCCCGAGUGGCAGGAGGCCUUGGUGCAGGCGCGUGCCGAGGCGGAGCAGAACCCACUACCUUUGGAAGUGUUUAAGGACCACGUCGAAGUGAGAAAGCACACCUUCAGGACGGGGAUGAAGCUGGAGAUGGUGUCUCCUGGGAAGCCCUUCCACAUCUGCCCCGUGUCUGUAACCCAGGUAUACAAUGAGUACUACUUCAAGGUAAUGGAGGAUGACCUCACUGCCGAGGCCACGCCCCUCUCGGUGGUAUGCCACGCCCAGUCUCCAGGAAUCCUGCCCACACAGUGGUGCCUUAAGAACGGGGUAUCGCUGGAAAAGCCCAGAGGCUACCCCGGGCAGGAUUUCGACUGGGCCGACUACCUGAAGCAGAGUGGCACUGAGGCCGCCUCCGACUCUUGUUUUCCUGAAGCUAAGCCCAGAGGCUUCUCUAAGGGCAUGUGGCUGGAGGCUGUGAACCACCUGAAGCCUUCUCAGAUCUGCGUGGCCUCCAUCACCCGCGUGACUGGCCGGCUGCUGUGGCUCCGCUUCGAGGGACUGUCGCUGUCGCUCCCAGACUGCAUUGUGGAUGUGGAGUCCAUGGCCAUCUUCCCCUUGGGCUGGUGCGAGACCAAUGGUUACCAACUGACUCCCCCACACAAGCCCGUCUGUCAGAAGCAGAGGAAGAUCGCGGUGGUGCAGCCUGAGAAACAAUUGUGUACGGAAUAUCCUAUAGAUUUCCAAUAUGGAGACUUGUGGAAUUGAUGUAAUCUUCCCUAAACUCGAGUUUGAAACACCACAGGCUCCACCAAUGGGAAGUACUGUUGCUCCCAGAUAUUCGUCAACCAUCGGUGCUUCUCCGGGCCGUACCUGAACAAGGGCCGCAUCGCAGAGCUGCCCCAGGCCGUGGGACCGGGCAAAUGCACCCUGGUGCUCAAGGAGGUGCUCAGCAUGCUGAUCAACGCAGCGUACAAGCCAGGCCGUGUGCUCAGGGAGCUGCAGCUCGUGGAGGACCCCCAGUGGAACUUCCAAGAGGAAACGCUGAAAGCCAAGUACAAGGGCAAGACGUACAGGUCGACCAUCAGGAUCGUGCGCAGGUCAGACCAGGUGUCUGACUUCUGCCGCAAGGUCUGCCUGAAGCUGCAGUGCUGCCCCAAUCUGUUCAGCCCCACGCUGGUCACCGACAAGUGCCCUGAGAACUGCUCUGUGCAGACGAAAACCAAAUACACUUAUUACUAUGGGAAGAAGCGUAAGACGUCAGUGGGGGAAGCCUCUCCGGAGAGCGGGAUCUCCAAGCCGGCCAGACGCAGGAAAAAGAGGAAAUCCAUCUUCGUCCAGAAGAAGCGUAGAUCGUCAGCAGUGGAUUAUACUCCAGUGGGGUCACCUCAGGACAGUGAGGAAGAUGAGGAUGGCGAAGACCAGUCAGGCAGUGAGGAGGGCACCAGCUCUGAGCCACGUGGGGACCUGACUGACACGUCGUCGGUGGAGGCGUCCGUGAGCCAGCGUCCGCGCCGCGCUGUUACGCUGCGCCGCAGCACCGACCCAGGAGCCCCCGCAGGCUCGGACCGCGCCCGCCGCAAACGCACCACCCGUUCCCUGUCCUACAGCGACACCGCGAAGUACCACCCGGCCAAGCGUCAGGUGACCAAGGUGGAGAACGAGGAGGAGGAGAAGCUGGUUCUGGAUAGCAACCCCCUGGAGUGGACGGUGGCCGCUGUGGUCCAGUUCAUCCGCUCCACCGACUGUGCAGCACUUGCCAAGAUAUUCCAGGAACAGGACAUUGACGGCCAGGCUCUGCUGCUCCUCACCCUGCCCACGGUCCAGGAAUGCAUGGACCUAAAGCUGGGCCCCGCCAUUAAGCUGUGCCAUCAGAUUGAGAGAGUCAAAGUGGCCUUCUAUGCUCAAUACGCCAAGUGACCAUGCAUGGGAGUGUUUUUUUUUUGGGGGGGGGGGUGGAGCUGCACAUGCAGAAGAACUGGAACAUGCAUUGGAUUUUAUUUUAUUUUUUGGAGUUUUUCUAUUGAGGAGGCUGGGCCCCAGUAAAAUGUUCUGUGAAACUGAUUUUGGAUUCCAGGAUCGUGCCGGAAUCCUGUGGGGAAUCCCCGUCGGAUCAUUAACGGGACUGUUCCCGGAUAGGUGUCCCGUUUCUGACUGCGGGUGCAGGCGGAUAAGCGAGUGGGAGUCCUGGGCUUUCUGUUUGUGUAUCCGGAACGACCUGACCCCGGCUCCGGGGGGGGGGCGUGGUGUCGGACACGCUGGUCUUGCAGUCCGCACGCUCUCUUAAACAACAAUCUGAAUGGGAAAAUCGCCGGUUAGCGAUAGGCUGACAGUGAGCCAAACACCAAACCACACGGCACGCCAGGGCGGUUUGGCGACUCAGGAAGCCGCUGCCCUUUACCGUCUUCAGGUUCCGCUCUGUACCAAUCAUAUCGCAGGCUCUGCUUCUGGCCGAGCCGCCCAGCAAAGUCACAAGUUCUUGUGGAUGAAGAUAACAGCACAGGGAAGUGACCAUCCCUCCAUUGUCUACUUUGUGGUCAUUGUUCUGGAGAUCUUUUUAAGCUGAAAACCAGCAUGGAUACUGUCCGAUUUCUGUGUGUGUGUACAGUGACUGUCACCCUGGCCUAUGUUUCCAUGUCGGGUUGUUUAAUUUCCUUACAUUCCUGCUGAACUCCUUAAAAUUGAUUCCUCACAUGGAAGUAAAGCAGUUCUUUGUAAGAUAAUACCUUUGUCAAAAUGAAUAGUGGCAUGUUGAUAUAUUUUGGUGGUGGUUCAUUUAGCCUUAUUAAUUUGACGGAUUUCCCUGAAUUAUUCACCAUCUAUGUUAUUUUACUUUUUGGUUGAGAAUUUGGGGUUUACUGGCUUCAGGUCUACUCAGAAACAUUUUGAGGAGGAAUUCCUGCAAACCGUGAACCAGACACUUAAUCCUGGUUGUGUGUUUACAGUGUAAAUAGGAUCAAAACCAGGACCAACCAACAGGGUGCAUGAGACCAGUAUUGUUUUUUGACGACUGGGGAGAUAUUACUGUCAUCUGGUUCCUCGGCAAAGAGGGCACUUUAGGAAGACUUCAGUGCCAAGUACCGCCAUUGCGUAUCUCCACUAGCGAGCCAAGGUUUAAUGAGGCAGUCCAUUCGGGCUUAUUAGCGGGUCAGGAAACCCUGCUCAAUUCUGCAGCCAUGGACCCGGAACCAGGACGUUAUGUGGAAGACGAAUAUUAGAACAUAGUACAUUAGUAGUAAAUUAAUACAUUAGAACCUCACUUUGUAACUGCGAACACGAUCAAUCAGGGAAGAAAUAACCUGGCAUGGUGAAUCUCAGCUGAAAUUCUUGAUUCUUGCAACAUAUCAUGCAGAUGCUGUCAGAUAAACAGCCGUAUACAGCGUCAGCAUAAUUCAAUUCAAUAUCACAGAUUAAUUAGAAGUAUUAGUCUAUAAAAAAAACUAGCCUGCCGGGCUUAUUUUUUUGUAUAAAAUGUUUAAAUUGUGUAAAGUGUUUAAAUAAGAAGAAACUAGCCUGGAAAUUUGCAGAACUUUUUUUUUAGAAAAGAUCUUGUUGAGUUUACCCAUCUUUCCAACGCUUGGACUUCACCUCUGGUCCAGGGACGUCGUUAUGGCCAUUCCAGAAUGUUCUCUGAGAAUCACAUUACUUAUGCCGUAAAAAAAUAACAACCGGUUGAAGAGUUCUGCGAAAAACACUGGCGGGGGUGUUUUAACGGGCCUCGCUCUGCACAUCAGCAAAGGUCCCGUCGGAGCUGCUCUCUUCCUCCCCAAUCGCAUCAGUUACGUGGAGCCGAAAACAGCUCGGCGCACGCGGAGUAAUGAGGGAGAAAGGAGUGGACAGGAGCCAGGCCGGACCCUGCGUGGCACGCCAGCAGAAGGCAUGGCGGAGUGCGCCCUCUGAUGUACGGAGCCAUUCGCUUGGCACAAAUGGCACCUGUAUUUAUUUACAUCCUCAUAACAGCUGUAAAUGUAACGAUACUGUGAGGUCUUAAAAGCCAUUGUGUUCUAUGCGAUAUUUAUGUUAGCUAUUUAAAGAAGCAACAUAUUUAUGCAGAAUUUUUUGGGGGUAAUAUUUAAUUUAAUAUCAGUUGUAAUUUAUUGUCCCGUGGCUAUUGGGGGGGUGACACAGUGAGAGGAGGAGUUCUUAAUCCCGAACUGCACGGAUACAUGGGAUGUUUUGUUUUUAUUAUUAUUAUUAUUAUUAUUUUCCAGUGCCCUGAUUUUAAGGGUGCUGCUCUUCCUGCUUUGCUUUCUGUGUAAACUUACUUCUACAUCACCGAAUAAGCAUUUGGUCUGUAAGCGUCUCUUCUUAUCCAUCUAUGCAAAACUUGGAGCGAAUUUAUCUCAUGAAGCGUUGGCUGAAACAAAGUCCAUUUUGUAUUGCUUUUUCCUAAAAAAAAAAAAAAAAAAAAAAGUUGAGAUAAAACAAAAAAAACUCAGCCUGGGUCCCUUGCAAGUGGCUUUUUAAUCCAUAUAUCUAGCACAGGAAACAUGCGGCUCACGUCGCUGGUGAAGUCGUUCGAUUUUUAAGCCGUCAUGGAGCAAUUUUCAGCCACUUGCAUUUGCAGUUUUAUCUCUGACUGCAUUGGAUACUCCUACAUCACCAGACUUUAUGAACAAACAGACUCUGUUCCCAGAAAAACGGGGGCACAUGCUAGUGGUCCACACCCCCUCACCUAGGAGAACAUUUCGAAGCAUCCUGGGGACCUUAGGACCAUCAUCUACACUGGGGCUGACAGGGUUGUUCGUUCGCUGCACAUCACCUCCACAUCCCGUUUGUGCUUUGCCUCUUUAUCAAAGCGUUUAAGAAGCCAUUUGCUGAUCAUCUCGCAUCCUGGGGCUGAAAGCGCAGACGCCGUCGUACAGAGGCGGUUCCUGAGCCCUGAACCAGACUGCGCUAACAGGUGGAAUGACUUCUCACGAAUGGGUAGUUUUUGUCUCUCUGUGUUUGGGCCGUCCUGUGAAAGGAACAGGCCAGCAUGGUACGCAGGGGUAUGUUAAACAUUCGGCAGAAAAACUCCUUCAGGUGUCUACGUCGAGCGUACUCUGAAUGUGAAAACACGUUUGUACUCUUUUGAAUCCAGUGGCACAGGAAAUAAAACAAUGCAAAGCCAA